AUGAAAGGAGCCGCUUUGGCCGAUGUUUUGGCGUCGGAUGUAUCGGAGAUGGACACGAAAUUCGCCGUCACAGCUGCUGCUGAGCCUGCAGAUAGCGAUAAGGUUGAAUCGGACUGCUUGGAGCGGUUACCACCCGGUAACUCUGCGUCCGCCAGUAGUCCAGCGAGGGAAGGGACAGCAGACGUUCACGGGAAGGACGCAGCGUUGGCAGCAGCAGAUGACCUGGAAAACUGUGACAUUUCUUCUUGGCCAGAUUUCUCGCUGGAUUCAUUCGACGGAGGGGAGAUAGAUGAGCUGGACAUGGCAGGUUCGCUCAUUUUGCCGGAGCUCGAGGAAAUGUCUCAGAAGGACCAAUCGCAAACAGAGCCGGAAGCCAGUGCCGACACGCGUCCGUCGGAAACGUCCUCCAAGAGUGUUCAGCAGAGCGAGCAGUACGAGUCGUCAUGCAAGAGCGGAAGCAAGACUUCCACGGGAAAGAAAAAGGCCAAGGUUGACUGGACACCGGAGCUUCACAGAAGAUUCGUUCUUGCGGUAGAGCAGCUGGGAGUUGAGAAGGCCAUUCCAUCUAGGAUUCUGGAGCUCAUGGGAGUGAAAUGCCUCACUCGGCACAACAUCGCCAGCCACUUGCAAAAGUACCGCUCGCACCGGCGGCAUCUCGCCGCUCGGGAAGCCGAAGCCGCGAACUGGCACAGCAGAAAACCGUCCGAUGGAAUGGUUUGGCCUGGCCAGGCAACAGCACCAGCAGCAGCAGCAGCCCCUACUUCAUGGGCUUAUCCCACUACUGCGCCUGCUCCUAGCGGAGCGCAGUCCAAUCCGCCGAUGAUUCAGCCCCGACCCGUGGUCGGUGUGCCGCCGUAUCAGCCGUAUCAGAUGGCUCAGUCGCACAUGCCGAUGGCGCAUCACCAGCCGUUGAUGGCGCCGAGCCCCGCGCCCGCGAUGGGCAUGCCGAUGCACGUGUGGGGUCAUCCGACCGUGGACCACUCGCGUUCGCACAUGUGGCAGCAGCCGCAGCACCAGGCUGCGCCGUCUCCUUAUCCUCCUCCCGCGUGGUUCGCUCCCGACGGCUCAGUCUGGCACUACGCUGGGGUGCAGGCUCCGUCGCCUGCGAUGGACGCGUGGGGCCAUCCCACCAUGAUGGUCUCGGGAACGCCCUGCUACCCCCACCAGCAAGCGCCCGCGCUCAGCUACCCUGUGGCACAGGGUGUGGUGUGCGGAGCGCCUGUGUGCGGGCCAGGGGGGAUGACCCACGGCACCAUGCAAGGCAUGCCGUCGUCCAUGGGUGUUCCCGCUCAGGGCUCGGUCGCCAUGGGCUCCGCUCCUGCCGGUGCCAUGCCCGGGACCAUGACCAUGACGGGAACCGUGAACGGGGCCGUGAACGGGACCAUGGGAGGAACGAUGGGGGGGGCUAUGGUGGGAGGGGCAGUGGGAGGCAUGGUGCCGGCGCCGGCGUGCGAGACACUAGACAUUGCGGACGAGGCGAUGCCGAACCCCAUGUUCCCCCUCCCCGAUGACAUUACUUUGGACUUCGCUGCCAUCACCGCCAGCCUCGGGGAGGACCUCAUCGAGGCGAAUGGCAUCCUCGAUGCGGCAAUCAGCGAAGCCCUAACCAAUCCGUCGACACCACUGCCUCUGGGCCUGAAGCCGCCGUCAGUGGACGGUGUGCUGGAGGAGCUCAACAAGCAGGGCAUCACCAUGCCGCCCGCCACCCCUGAGGCUCUAGACGCCCUCCCCGCUGCUGAAGUCGCGGCUGUUGCUUCCGAGCUGGAAGCUAUUCUGGAGCCGUAA